UUUUCUUUCAACUUUUUCUUGGUCCUAGGGCGGUCGCCCCUGCUGCCCUCCCCCUAGGACCGGCCCUGGAUGAUGAUGAUGAUGAUGAUGAUGAUGAGGACGAUGACAAAAAGCUAGGUAAGAUUAGCAAGCUACUGAAAUUGGUUGAUCCCAAGGAUUUCAUUGACUCUGAGGGCAAUAUUCGAGACUCGAAUAAGCCAAUCCCUCAUCCCUACACCAAGGAAGACAUGCUCAAAGCUUGGGAUUUUAUUCGCGAGCUCAAAGAUAUGCUUUCCUAUGAUCCUGAAGAGAGCAUCCUGGGCGAUGUAAGUCGGGAUUUCUAUAUGCUUUUGCCUACUCGUAUGGUUAUUCCCGAAUGUCCUAUUCAGAAUGUUGGAAAAGGUAUUGAAUUCUUUAUGAAAGACGCUGAUGAUUUGAUUGCUGCUAUAUAUGCUUUAGCUAAGGCUCAAUACAUCAAGUACAAGAAUGAUGAAAAUGAGGCUAUAAAAUGGGCUGUUCUUAGGGUCUCAAUGUUCAAAGCCGGAUGGUUUGACUCCCAGAGCCACACUAAGUAUGUUGUUGCUCCACCUGACUUCAAAAAGAUAUUCAUUACGGACGGGGAGGUGAUGAAAGGAUUAGACGAGCAGGCGUGGCAACUCUCUUCUUUUUUUCCUUUUAUGAAUGAGUUCUAUUUUAGAUCACUUGGAUCAUAUUAUUGUGCUGAUACUGCUGCUGAUUUCAGUGCAAAGGCUAAACAAUUUGCUGUGUCUUCCCAAAUGGGUAAUAUCUUAAGCUAUUUUCCUGAAGACGUCUUAUUUUAUCAUGCUUUUCGCUGGAUCGGUGUGAAAAGACCAAUGCAAGUGCUAAGAGCUGAUCCUGGUAACCAGAGAAUACCUUCUGCCUUCAGAACCCGUGUUAACGCCUCUCCGUGCGGUCAAGCGGUCAUCACUUCAAUGCAUGCUGUCAUCCAAAAAAUUAUAUCUUUUGGCUACUUGGAUGAGGUAAAAAAAUACACUCAUUUUGAUUACACUAACUUGUCCAGAGUUGCUGAAAAGAUCUUGAAUGAUCCUUGGAAGUACCACAUGUAUAGAGACAUUUAUGAAGCAGAAGCUCUUACUGAGGCAGAGUGUAGGGAUGUUGAAAAGGCUAAGGAGGAUGCCAUUUCCUUUGCGCCAUUUGUCCAGGCUUUCUGUGAUGUUUUCUUGAAAAAUUCAAGUCUGGGUAAAAUCAAAGCCCUCAAGAAGCAUGCUGCAGCCAACCCGUUUAUCUAUCGCAGGGAAUUGAGUUUCUUUAGGAAGGAUUUCAGGAAGAAGCGACGUCGACAUGCUUCGAAGGCUGAGAAUGCUCAGUUAACCAAUGUAACAGGCUAGAUGGAGCUGAUUACUUCAGCUAGUUUUAUGAUAACUCAUAUUUUUGCUGAUCAUGUAGCCCUUUUUAAACAAUGCUUUAAAUUACUGUUUUUUUUUUUUUAACAUUAUGGAAUUUUCAGUUCCUACUUGCUAGCCCGCUAAC